ACAGUUUGGGAUGACGUGACCAGGCAGCAGACAUGAGGAAGUGGAGAAUGGUUGAUCCACUCUGUGGCACAUGAAACAUCACACUGAGGAUGACUCAGAACUGACUAAUGGAUUGACCUGAUCAGCAGAUUAAAAAUGGACAUUCUGCCUUUACUAAUGCUCCUGUUUUCACUCAGGACUGAAGGGGUUGGAGCUAAGAUGAAGCUGUCACCUGAAAGCCUGACAGUUUUGCGAGGAGAUGAGGCCAGUUUCACCUGUACUCCCUCCAGCCACGAGUGGACUGUUAUGGUGUGGCUGCUGAAUGGCAGAGCAGUGCUCACUAUCUCCAAGGAGACAGGUGUCCUCCCCUCCAUCUAUCCGAAUGUGACUGCCGUCUCAAACAAAAAUGGCUGGCGGUUUGUCCUGAACAACACAGAGAGGUACAACGAAGGCCAAGUGACUUGUGAUAUCCAGCUCGUCGACAAGAGAACGGCAAGCCUGUUUGUACAAGAAAAGGGCACUGUGAAAGUCUUUGGAGAAAACAAGUUGGCUUUUAAGGGGCAGUCAGUCCUGUUUCGGUGUCAAGCAGCUGGAUGGCACCCUCGGCCGACUGUGCAAUGGCAGGUGGACAACAUACAGGUGAGCCAGACUGAACACAACUUCAUCACAGAAGAGCUGGGGAAGGACCUCUUUAGUGUGAUUAGUAACUUCAGCAUCACGGCAGCAAAGAGCUCUACCGUGGCGUGUUUGGCCUCUGUGUCUGCCCUCAAGACUCCACUGAAGAGCAGCAUCAAACUGACAGUGGUCGCAGAGGUUUUGCAAGAAGAAAAAAAAGAUGACUUCACAAUCCCACUCGCCUUCACCGCCUCUCUCUCUGCUCUUCUGCUGCUCGUGCUGCUCUGCAUCUGCACUGUCCUCUGUUACAGGCGAAGGAGACAAGCAAAAGAAAACCCACUGGAUCUAAAGAGGUUCGACCUAUCAGUGUUUGGGAGAAGCUCGGUAGCCACGGCGACAGGAGGAAAGGUCAACUUGGGAUACUCCAGUGAGGGCCCAGCAGGCGCAGAUUACAGAGGGGUUACAUUGGAGUCUCAACGCCAGACAGACCUUGUCAGCUUUAACAAGGUCCCUGAUGUUGUGCAUUCCAGAAUCCCAUCUCUGCACAGCGAGAGAACAACCACAGAGUUUCAAGAGGAGGGAAGCGUCAACCAUGUCAGGAGAAUUACAAAAGUUUGAAAAGUACCGUGGUACAUCACUUGUGCUUUUGUAAAGCACGAUGCUCAGAAUAUAGUCAGUCCAAUGUGUCCUAAUGUGUCUCAUAUACGGUAUCCUUUUUUUUACUUUUCUUAGCUUAUAUUUAAAUUUACCUCAUAGAGCACGUUUAUUCAUCAUCAUUCAAAGUAAGUCAGAAAUCCUCACUCUGCAGGUAAUCUAAACAAGGGUUUGUGUUCUCAGCAGGAAUAUGAACAGGGCAAUUCUACAUGGCAGUUAGUAGUCGAAAAAAAAUGCCAGAGAACAUUUGUUUUGUUGUAUUAUUUGUGUUUUUAUUUAAUUUCAUUGUCACAAUAUAAGAAAUGUAUGUUUAUAGCUUUAGUGGAGUGAUGGCACCUCCCACUUUGGAUCAUGCAAAUCUUUUAAUUUAUGAGAAGAUUGCACUCCACUCAACUGUUACAGCCAGGAAUCAUUAAAAAAAUAACUUUUUUUUCCUUUUGCUUUUCAAAAUACAGUAGUUUAUUCAAAUCAAUAAUCAUGUGCAUCUUUUGGUUAGUUUGUUGUCCUUUCUUGUGUUUAUCAAGUGACGUUGUUGCAUGAAUUGAGUUGAUGAAUUGCAUGAAGUCCUUCUCAGUUAAUCAAUAAAAUCCCAUUUCUAAAAUCUGAACAAGUUUCACUAUGAAAUAGAGAGGGAAAAAUAGCUACUUUUAUGGUCUUGAGGUAGUUUGGCUUAAUGGAUUACCCAUAAUUCACUAAAAUGGGAUCAAUAAUUCACUUGAAUUGAUCUUUAGUGCCCACUCAUAUUCAGUUAUUUCAAUUUGAAAUGUAAAUUAGUCAUGCUAUCAUGCCAACGGACAAAACGCUUACUUGCCAACUGCAUCCACAGAAACCCUUGGAUCUUCUUUUUAGUUUGAUCUCAUGUGUUGAACAUCUAACAUUGAUGAAGACAUUUUGAUAGAGAAACAAUUCCAGCAGAACAUGAUUUGGUAUCUGGCACAUCUCUGCCCACCAGCAAGUGAUCCCCUCUUCCCCCAUUGACUCUGUCAGCAAACGUCUCACCAGUUUCAGGCUGCUGUUCAUUG